CGUACUUUGAUACUGCCCAACCAGCCGUAGCUGAUCUAUAUCGGGUUGUUUAUGCAGGAUUGGCCCUCAAACUGUUCAUUUCAACCGUUGAGUGAUGGAGAACGCUCGAUAUAUAUUUUUGUGAGACUUCGACUGUUUGUGGGGGAGAAAUUUCCUUUUUACAGUAUGAUGUGAUGGCAUUCUCUUGCGAUCUACACACUGUUAAGAUAUCUCUCCUACUGGUCUUCUCUUGUGGAGGUAAGCAUUAAAAAACAGUAAAACUGAUGUAAUGUUUAGACUUGAGCGGGAAAUUUUAGUUCAAUAAGCUUUCUUUGCUCAGUAGUGCUUAGUUUUAAACAUUCAGAACAAAGUCGGCAUGACCCCUGUCCAUUUGCAGAACUUAGGUUAUUGCAAAUUUCUGGACGCAGGGUUGACUUAACAUUGAAUGAAUUCUUUAAUCGAGAAAGCGUAUUAUUUAAAAUUAGUGCGUUAAGCUAUCAUGAGACUUUUAACAUGUAAAUUAAAUUCAUAACUUGUAAGUUUAAGGCGCGCUGCUUCGUCAUGACAUGUUACGGUUGUAUGCGUUGACAUGAUAAUUAUUGUUUGAAUGCCUUUUUGACGCUUGGGGUGCAAGUAUUUCGAACAGGUGUCAAGUGGUUAAAUUCAUCUCUAUAAAUAUAAGUGUACAACCUAAUAGAUAAUAACUCUUGGCGUUAAACUUGCCCAAACUUUGCUUUAAUUCUUACUCAAAGUUCAUUGUUAUUUUUAUUCGGAAAUUUUUGUUCACAUGUCUAGACAUGUCUACAGUAAGAAAGCAAAAUUAAAAAGUAAAGCAGUGGCAUUUUAAUACUGACUAAUGUUUAAGCUUAAUUUGAUUCUUUUCUGGCCAUCAAGCAUUUCCCUGUUUCAAACUCAACCCAAGUUUACAGAAUUCAUGUUGUUCACACCUAUCUAUUAUUACUAGACAGUGUGACCUCAUGUGCCUGUCAUACCCAACUCAGUAUUUUCACAUGAAGGUUAACAAAAUUUCUACCGAGUCAGUCGUAUGAUUUUAACAGUAAUUGAGUGAUUUCUAUGCAAACUGAUUGGUAAAAAAGAACUAUGGUCUAUCUUAAUAUACUGUCAUGGAUGCAGCAUUUCCAAAACGAGAAGAAACUUCACUGUAAAUGGAAAUAAAUUUUAAAAAUUUUCAAUGUUAUUAACAACAACAACAACAACAACAACAGUUUAUUCAGUUGUCAAAUGAGUUAGGUCUAUGUUACCCACAAUUAGCUGAGUUAUUCUAGGUGGGCAACAAUACAAUAAUUUCAAAAUAAUUGUCUUCUAUAAAGUAAGCAAAAGAACGUAAGUAAAGAGAAAGCAAAGAUAAAAUGAAAUGAAUAAAUAAAAGGUAGCACCUAUAGUUAUAUUAAAGGAAGGAAAAACACUUUAACUGAAUAAGGAGUUCAGAUAGGAACUAGGUACUUUAUUGCAUUAAAUUAACAAUAGAUCAGACAACUAUAGGUCAUUUUUGAGUUGUCCCAAGCCUCUAUUUUUAAAGAGAAGCAAAUUGUGAAGCCAUUGAAAAAAAAAAUUUUCAUUCUUAUGCAAACAAAACUAAUUUUCAAAAGAAAGAUUUUGCGCUUAGCCUCAUUUUAAAGUGAGAAUUUUUGGAAAACUCAGAGAUGGUCUAUGAUCCAUGGUGUACAGUAUACUCUUAUGGAAUGUGACGUCAAAAUUGUUCAAACUCAAGGCUGUUGAAUUUUGAGCCACAGGCAACUGGUUUCAGACCACUACAAAAUUGUAGCAUAAGAAGGUCAUAUAAAUUGAACCCCAAAAAAGUUAAGGGCAUGCUGUUAUUAGUCAGUAUACCUAUGACUGUGGGUGCAGAAUGCUGAUGAAACACUUGUGCUCAGUAUAAUAAUUGAUUGCAUUAAAUUUGCACUUUAGCAGAAUUUCUUGUACCUUAUUGUUUGUGAAGGAUUUUAUUUACCAUAUUGUAUGUAGUCAAUAGAGACCUUUAGAUUGCAGGAUGAGGGGGACUAUAGCUACAAGGAAGAGAUUUGAUUUAAAGUUUUCUUGUAUAUUGGGUUUUUCACGGCUGUGCUCUAGCAGGGGUGGUGGCCCCUGGUGCCCAACGUUUGCUCCUGGGCAACUAGAAAAUCUUAUACUUUCUUUAUUUAAAUCAUAUGCUAGGCACCCUGGAUUUCACAGCUACAAUAAGGGACAAAAGUGUUGAGGCACUAUAAAAUGGCCCCAUUUUGAACAGUGGACAUACCUAUCCCCUCCCCCUUUGUACCCCCACCCCCUCCUCCCAGACUCAAUGUUGUAUUUUAGACCCUCAAGUCUUUCUUUUACUACAAACAACAUUGAGUCGGGGGUGGGGGGAUUUACAGCAUUGAAAUAGAAUGAAAUAAAUGAAUGAAUUUGUUGAUAAAAGCACCCAUUUUAGACAAGUGUAUGUGUCAACUACUUUUGUCCCUGAUUGUAGGUCCAGAUCACUGGUCUCCCUUUAAUUUUUCUUAGAGAACAGCCUUUAUCAAAACAUCAUCAGGAUGAUCUGGUAGCUGGGACACCCUGGAAAAAUUCAUCUUUCUUUUUUUGACCAAAAUAGUUAACCCGGUUAUUUUAUUUUUAUAAAAAAAGACGUUAAGCCAAAAGCACAAAAGGUAUUUUGUACAAUUAUAUAAGCUCCACUUUUACUGAAACAAAUACGUUGCUGAUUAAGUAUUAUUAUUAAUAAUGUUUUCAGGAGUGAUUCAGGUUGAGCCAGCUGACGUCAGAAUAAUCAGUCCUACAGAAAAUCAGAUCAUCAGAUUCAGAAACCAGUCAGUCUUGUUUAACUGUACAAGUUCAAGUCCGAGAAAGUUUUGGUCAUGGCUCAGAAACAACACUGUAAUUCCCAAUAUAACUCAAAAGGAUUCUUCUCACUGGUCAAGUUUUGAACUAAAAAGUUUCAGUCCACAAAAUGAAGGAGAGUAUAUGUGCAUCAAUGAUGCAGGGACAGAUUCAGUGAAAGUAUACCUCGCUUGUAUGUAACACAUGUUUAAUUGUUUUGUUCAUUAUGAUUUACUUUUGAUGCAUUGUAGCAGGAGCUUAAUUGGGAUACUCAGGGACCAAACGACUGUUUUCUGUGAAAUAUCUAUAUCUUUCGAAGGACAAAUUGCCUAGAAAUUUCUAAAAGUUUAGAAAGGCUAAAAAUGUUUAGAUGACCGUUCCAUUCACUCAAUCAUUCCAUGUCACGUACGCUUAAUUCCAAAACUGCUUCACGUGCACAUAAAAAUUGUCUAAGGAAGGACAAUCACGAAUCACAAAUAAGUAAAAGCUUAAGAAAAAAGUCUUUACUCUACUGUCCGUUGACGUAAAGAAGGUGAACAAUGUUAAAUCUUUUAAAAAAGAAAUUGUAUACAAAUACAAAUCACUAAGCAAAGAGAGACAGGAAAUUUCGAAUAUCUUUUGAAUAGUUAAGCAGCCUUUUCAAGUAAAAUUUUCAUUUUAUUUUUAUUUGUCUUUUUUUUUAGUUAGUUAAUAGUUUUUUUAAUGGUUAAAAUUUUUAAAUAAGACUGUAGAUAGGUUGUAAAUACUAUUUUGGUUUGUAUUUUUAAAUUGUCUAUUGAUGUUAAUUUUUAUCUCAGUUUUAUAAUGACAGUGUAAAAUUCUAUUAAUGUUUGAUUUUAUGCUUUGUAGAUCGAGAGCCACAAGUUCAUGAUCAGUUUUAUCUUAACUGUCACUGUUUAGCCUCUUUAAAUAAAGGCGUUACCUUACCUUACUGCAUGUGCUUUCAACUUACAACUUAUACAUUGAAGGUGGUUCCUUCUAAGAAGUUUAAUUUACAAAUGGUAUUAUUUGAUGCAACCAAACCAACUGUGGACUUUCACACAUGCUAGGCAUAUAUACCCCACUGAUGAAUGGUUACAACAUUGAGAUAUUUGUAGGCUAUUCCAGGUGCCAAUAUAGUAGUGAAGUAAUCCAGUAUUACAUGAUGCGAAAAACGAGCGGGUGCUGGGGAGAGUCUCUUUUUUUUCCCGCCAACGCCCCCUCCCCCAGAGAGAUAUUUGCAGUAGCAACAAUUGCUCAUAUUCUUUCAAUCGAUCGUUUAUCCUCAUUCAUUCAGUUGUUUGUUGAUCAUUCGGACAGCAAUACCCACAGUGAAGCAAACUGGAAAAAUAAAUAUCCCAUUUACUGAAGAUGAAGAUGCGACGGUUGGGUGUAAAGCUCGGGGAUGGCCAAGACCAAAGAUCACGUGGAUAAGGGACAACCGAAACAUAAGUGAUAUAAACCAGCAGUACCACGAAUAUAUUGUGAAGACGACGAUAUCACAACAGGAUGACAGGGUUGUUACCUCGGAGUUAACAAUACGUUCUAUCCAGAAAGAGGAUAGCGGAAUCUACACAUGUAAAGCAACAAAUGCACUCAAAGUUGUUACAAAGAAUAUAAUGGUCCCAUUUAGAGGUAGGUAAUCUAAAUACAUCGACCCCAUCCCUGUGCACAGCUACCCAAAGUAUUUUCCCACAAGCAGACUGUAGUCGAACCUCUAUUACUUCUAUUAGCCUCCCACGCACUCGUUCUGAAAGGUUCGUCAAGCGUUCCUUUCUCAUGAACGUCAGGGAGGAUUGCGUGACGAGCCAAAAGAACGCCUUCGUGGGAGGCAAUAGGCCAUUUGCAUGGUGACGUCAUUUUACUACUGCGACCAGGGGCCCGUUUCUCGAAAGUUCCGAUAAUUAACGGGCCCGGUAAGCUGUCUCCGUUUACAUUAAAGAUCGAGGUUUCAAUAGUUUUGCAUCUAACACGAUAAAACUGUCAGUUAAUGAAACAAAAUGGAGUAGUUUGCUUGCCAGGACCCGCGCUCUUUAUUUUUCGAUUUGAAUAUUUGAUUUCGGGCCCGUAAAGUUACUGGGACUUUCGAGAAACGGGCCCCAGAAUCCUUCGGGGGUUUGCUUUCUUGUCCAAAUUUAGGCUUUUGUCAUUCUCUAUUUUCCAAUUCCCCAUAAUACACUCUGUUUGCCCCCCAAAUUGUGCAUAAACCAUUGUUUUCAAAUGCUCCUGGGAGUAUUGCAUUUUCCCAAGAGCAUUUUAAGACAAUAGGUUAUGCAAAAUUUGGGGGGCAGACAGAGUGUAUUAUUGGGAAUUGGAAAAUAGUCAAUUGAAACCUCACUGGGAUUACCAAAUUUGAAUAUGAAAGGAAAAACGAAAAGGAUUCUGGUCGCGGUAGUAAAAUGACGCCAUCGUGCAAAUGGCCUAUACGUUGCUAAGAGUAUGCGACAAACUUUUAGUGACACCACGGAAUUACACAUGUCGUAAGAUGACUGAAAUCCUUGAAAUGCAUUACUAACUUUCAAAUGCCUUAAAAAUUUGGCACCUCAAUUUAUGUGAAAAAUUUAUCAAAAAAAUGCAGAUACACAGCCGUUCAACCAGAAACAGUACGGAUACAACGGAAGUCCUUAUAUCUUUUUUCUUUUUUUUUGUUUUUUAAUUAGACCCAGGAGGCUUUAAACCCACAGUGACUGCAGAGAAAGCACAAUAUACUGUGGAAGUUGGCAAAGAUGUAUCCCUUUCUUGCCUUGGUGAUCAAGUAAAGCGCGAUGAAUUUACUUGGAUUUAUUGGGAAUUCAAUGCGACAAAGAUUAAUACUUCAACUCACCACUACAAUGAUUCCAAAAAAUAUUCCAACCCAAAAGAUGGAACAACUCCUAAAGUUCAUAUGAAGCUUACAAUCUUCAACGCUGAUCAUUCGGAUGAAGGAAACUACACCUGUGUUGUUUGUACAUUCAACAGACAUUAUAGUGAUGGAAUUUCACUUCAGGUCAAAGCUAAAAAAGGUAUGAAGAAGAUAGGCACAACAACUUAUAGUCUCUCCUUAGGCGUGCCGCUCACGCGUGACUUCUCGCGACCUCCCCUCCCCAAAUAGACAGCUUCCUCGCAGGCUAAUCGUCCUGGGACCAGUUGCACAUAUUUCAACAUCGGACGUUGCGGAUAACGACUCUCUUUUCAGUCUAGUUAAACUCAUAAUUUUAACAACCAGAUCGUUAGGUUGUAUGCAGCUGACCCCUAGAGCCUCCAUCUCUCUGCUGAGGGCCUGGGUCAAAGCGUAUUGCAGGCUAUUUAUUGAUUCUCGCUUCCGCGCUUUAAAGCUCUUAGCCAAUGAAAGAAGAGAAGGAUUUCCGACUGAAGAAGAUCAUUGGCGGUUGGCGAAGAAUCAAGUGAAGAAAGUUAAACCCAUUCUUCGGAUAGCUGUUAAUCUUUUUCAACCGAGAUAUUAGAAUCUUGCGAUUUCAGUAUCUGAAAAUAGGACGUGAGUCUAACGCGCUGUGACGCUUAUUUGACCGUAGAUUGAGGUUCCCAGUUGAUGGGCUUUUUUGUAUUAUUUAUUGAUUGAUUUCUGUUCUUAACAAGGGGUAGGUGGGUAGAGGAAAAUGUUAUUAUUGUCUUUUGUGCACUGCUUUUAUUAAUUUUAUAGACGUGUUUGGAGACAUAAGGCUAAGAAUGAGUGAAUUUGCAGUGAGCGCCUUUUAAACCCAUGAUGACAGUCUUUUCCCACCCAUAGGCACUUGGCUCUGGUUGGGUAUAGGAGUGACUGGUUAGGUAUAGGAGUGGCGCUGAGGGUUUGAAACCCCUAUUUAUAAUCCAACCCUUCUAAGACAAAAGAGUAUACUAAAAUACCUAUACCCUGUAUGGGACAAUAACCCCUGUUUUAGAACCUUUUUAGGAGAGAGGGCAAAAGAAACGCUAUGUUGCUACUUUGUGAAACAUUGAGACCCUGGUAAUGACGGUCUUGCACCUAAAACUGAAUACGAAGUUCAUACCCUGCCCAGCGGCAUCUUGUUUAGGCCAAAAAAGGAAUCCAUGGUCAUGUAUUACAUAUUUCUAGAUUUCCUGUUUAUCAUUCAUGAUUUCGUGUUUUCCAUGCUUCCCGUUGCCAUUUCUUCCCUUGAAAUUAAGAGCUGCCAUUUUGUUCCCGCACAGAAAUUACACGCCGACGGUACUGCUUUAUCGUGAGCGACCUGCUCAUCGUUAGACCUUAUUUAUAUGCUAUUUUGCGCCUUACAAAUAAUAAAUCAUUUAAUUAAUUAAUUAAUUAAUUAAUUAAUUAUUAAUAAUUAAUUAAAUUAUUAUUAUUAAUUAUUAAAUUAUCAUUAUGAUAUGCCCACGUCACUAAUUGUUAUGUGUUAGUCAAACCAAUCAUUAGUUUGUGUUUGUCGUAUAGAUUUGACGGAUAGGUUUUAGACGUGUGGUAGACUCAGUCUAAGCACAUUGCAUGCGACAAAGUUAUGACUUAAAGUAUUGUGUUGAUGUAGUAUUGCGUUUCAUUCACAGGAAACGGUGGAGGAAACGGUGGAGGAUUGGAAGCCUGGCUGAUAGGUGUUCUUGCUGUUGUCGCGUUUCUUUUGAUUUUAUUACUGAUACUCGUCAUUGUAAAGUGGCGGCGAAAAAUACGAGAAAAGAGAUUGGCCAGACUUGUUCAGAAAUGUGAGUGAUUUGAUAACUUAAUUCAUACUAGCCUGUUCCAGGCGUUCACAUAGUGGGGAGCGGUGCGAAGUAAAAAGGAGCGCGAAAAAAUAAAAGCGAGGGAGGGGGAGAGGUGAGCACCUCUCUCCCCAGUCCCCCUCUACUUUUCAUCGCUUUCUUCACUUCGCACCGCUCUCCACUAUCUGAACGCUUGGAACAGGCUAAAUUCAUACAUCCUCGGAGACUUAGGCGUAGCUUGUCGAGACGACGGGAUUAUCGCUGAACGAGAGGUCUUGUUAACUUUCGCCCAUGCGAAUCCUGUCGUUCUUUUUUAAAAUCCCGUUGUUUCUACUAACUGCCCUGGGCCUCCAAGAAUACAAUUAAUCCAAAUAAGCAAUGAAAGUGCAUUGUUGAGGAAGUUCCGCCAUUUUUAAAAUGAUAGAGUGUAAAAUUUACAUAAUUGCGUAAAGCUGAGGGUUCCGUGAAAAAACCAAAGUGUUAAUUCACUCCCAACUUGCACAGUUACAUUGUUUGGCAAACUGAUAAAUCACGCAAGUUGGGUUAACGUCAAAGAGGAUAGUUGAGCAAGAAGGCUACAAAGCAGAUCUGCGAGUCUUGAUUCGAAACUGAGCUCAGUGUAGCAGUAACCACUUGAGCCCUUCCUUUGCUUCUCCCACGAAAGAAAUUUGGGUACAAUCGAAGUUUUCACUAAUGACUGAUGGAAACUCUAGUAAGCAGACAAUUCUUACGUUCUCCUUGACAAAACUCCGUUUGAACUCCAAUACGAACUUUGUUUACAACUGCACUUUCCCGUGAGCGGCUGUGCGCGGAGAUUCGGUUCAAGGAUAUGAUCUAGCCUCACAUGCACAGCCUUCCACCUUCAACAUACAAAUUCUCCAAACUGAUCUCAAUACAUUUAUUUAAGAAAUAGUUGAGAGAACUUGAUAAAAGAUCAAGGCAUUUUCUCUUUGGUGAUCAUUUUAUUAAUUCUUGCAACCGAAUCUCUUGACAAUCUAUGGAUAUCCUUAGGAGAAAAUUGAUGUUGAUCACUAUUGGGACUGAAAGAGUUAAGGCUUUGUUCACACUAGCUUAGCUUAGCUUUUCCUACCGACACUAAAAGUUAUCUUAUAUCGUGUGAACAGCAAUUGCACAGAACUGGAAAAAGUUAUUCACACAUCGAACAUCGCGCCGGAGAAGUUGGCCGAGAGGGUUUGGUGAACCAAUUCCUAGUCCUGACUCCUAAAUAUUUACUUCCGUCUUAGUGGGUCCCAGUCCUCCUUCCUAGUUAUUCACUUCCGCAAAGUUGCGAUUUCCUGUUCACAUUGUACCAAGGUGUGGUACGGAACCUAUUCGAUAAUGUGACGCAUUUUCGUUCCGGUACAGAAAUCGCGCCGAAAUCAUUGUUCGUGUGUGUGAACAAAGCCCUGUCUGGUAUGGUCUUCAUGUCGGUGCAAAAGCUAUCCGGUGUAUCCGGCCUUAUAACCUUGCCUUGUUUAGUCGUGAUCAGUAUCUCACUGGAAUAAAGAAAUCGAACUGUAUUGGGGUAUUUUUCCUCACUAUUACUAGUAACCUGAGAUCAGGCUCAAUUUCUCUUACGUGGUCGCGCUAAAAUUGAGCUCGAUACAAAGUCUCUCACGCCUUUGCUGCUGCGGCCAGAUUUUGGUUGCAACGCUGAUUGGUCGUUAGAACAAUGCUAGACGAUCAGAUAGCAUGUUGGAAUCACCGGAAGUUGAAAGCACUAAAAUCCUGGCUCUCUUUCUCGGUUAUCCGCCAUGAGCAGAGAAGAAGAGAAUUUUUCUUUAUCUUUUGGAAGGUUUGCGGUUUCUGGAAAUGAAACUUAACGUAACGAAUGCUUUUUUGGAUUCGUUUUGAAAGUUACGAAUUGAUGUGAGUGGACUGAAUGGAUUGCGGAUAGGGUUGAACGGUUUCGAGUAGAAUUUGUUUGAAGAAAAAAGCGUACUUAAAGCUUUCCAGAAAAAGGGAAUAUACCUAGCAAAUUAAGGGUACAAGUAACAGUACCGUCAAUAUUUCAACUGGCUUCACAGGGCAAUGAUUUGAGUAAGGCCGCAUUCAUUAUGUAUACUGCAGGGGGGGGGGGGAAAGCUGACAUUCGUCAGCAAAUUUUAAACUGGUGACACUUUUUUCGAGUUGUGUAUGCUAUUUGAGCCAUCAAGCACUUUAUGUCAAAAAUUUUGGUAAACCCUGCUUGUCCCUUUCCAAACAAUUUGAGAUCCCCCCCAAAAUCCUGUUUUGUUUCUUAUUUUUUGGCUCGAUUUCUGGUAUACUUUAAUAGGCUUUUUUUAAUCUUGAUAGUCUUGAUAUUAUUUAUAAUGUACAUUCUCGCUGUCAUUUGCUUCAAAUACACUCAAGAUACUGUACCAUACAUACGGUUACACGUAAGCAUAUAUUUCUAUAUGUAGUACAAAAUGUUAAUCUUAAAUGGAAAUCUUGAAUAAAGUCUUCGGCAAGGUCCACCAAAAUCGGACAUUCAGGACAUUUUUAAAUGCUUAAAAGCAUUUGAAACAGAAGAAUCCACGGUGUCAUUUGUUUCGCCAAGAUUCAGACAUACCCUUAGAGGACAUACCAGACUGGGACGAAGAUGACUGGUUAUAAACAAAAAAAAAAUAGUGCCUCGUUUACUACGUAAUGUUUAACAAAGUAUUUUUUAUCAUGACGAUUCCUAUGAUGAUAACGUAUACAUGGCGAUAACAUAAACUUUUCAUUUCGCCUUUCCCGACAGAAAUUUCAUUCGUGAAGCAAAAUGAAAAUAGAGCCUUAACUCAGGUUACACUAUUAGCUAUCACUUUUCUGUAUAUGGCUAGUAGGGGUCAGUCUUAGUCACUUCUUUUUUUCUGCUUCCCGAGGGUGGUAACCGCUGACAGGAGUUAAAACCGUUCUUUAUGUUAUUUUAACAGAUGGACAAGACACUGACUAUCAUACUUUCGAAAAAGACGUGUUCAUCUCAUACAGUUCCAAAGACUACGAUUGGGUACAGGAGUAUCUCCUACCAGUGUUUAAUAACAACAACGUCAACUAUACCAUCCAUUCGCGAGAUUUUAAACCAGGCAAAGCAUUUCUUGACAACAUGGCUGAUAGCGUGUACACAAGUCGAAAAGUGAUUCUUGUCAUGUCCGCAAACUACCUUUCCAGUGGUUUCUGUAAGGACGAAAUGCAUAUGGCGCUGUACAGAUCAGCAGAACUUGAUGAUGCGUCACUGAUUCUGGUCAAGAUCGACAACACCAAAAUCAAAGACAUACCAAAGAGUCUUCGACACAAGACUUUCAUUGACUUCACCAGUAGAGAGGAAGUGGCCACGUGGCAGGACAGGAUUCUUGAAAGCGUCAGUGUCUCUGAAGACAGGUCAGCUUUGAGUGGGACUCCCAAUGAAUACACAGAUGGUACAGGGUCCUCUGAUAAGCUUCAGCUCAUUUUUAAUUUUUUUAGCUCAAAAAAGAAGAGGAAAAAGAACACUCCUGAGGAACUUACAGAUCAGGCAUAAGGAUUUCAGUGUAUGUUUUUUAAUUAUAACUGUUUCAGUGACGUUGGCUGGAGUUGGCUUGAUUCUUACUUUUUGGCAAUCAGUGCGAUAAAUGAACUUUAAGCUCACGGCCGCACAUGCCUUUUUCUCUAAUAUUAUUUUAAGGAGCAGUUUUCUUGCUAUGAGGAUUGAAGGUUGCCUUCACUAAUAGGAUUAUUUUUUUACACCUAUGGGUUGCUGCCAAGUCACAAAGUUCUGCUCUGGACUUCUGUCUUUCCGUCUCUAUCAGUUCCGCUCUUAGGUUUCGCUUUCAGUAUUUCCCUUUUCUUGGGGGACCCUCCUCCCGGGUCCCGAAAAAACAUGGAAUAACUUUUUAAAUCAUACUUCUAACGUUAAAAAAAUUCUACAUUACUGAAUUCCGCCA